AUGACAAAAGAUGAGAAAAACCCGCAGAUCAAAUUGUCGACGAUAGUGUGCAAAAGAUAUAUUGUGAGUUGGGUACAGUACCCCCACUUUUAAAGGGAGAUACCGUAAACUCAUCAGCUUUGUUCGCUUGAGCGCACAAGCACUGAGAUAGGCUAAGUCCCUUUUGCCUGUUUUAUUUAGUCAGCGAUUUUUUCAAAAAAUUCGAAAUUUCCUUGUACUUCUUUUGGACAAGCGGGAAAAGGCAAAAAUUCAAAAAAUUAGAAAUUUCCGUGGACUUCUUUUGGAUAAGCGGGAAAAGGCGGAAAUUCAAAAAAUCUAAAUUUUCGUGUACUUCUCGAGGACAAGCGGGAAAAAGCGAAAAUUCAAAAAAUUCGAAAUUUCCGUGUACUUCUCGAGGACAAGCGGGAAGAGGCAAAAAUUCAAAAAUUCGAAAUUUUGUGUACUUCUCGAGGACAAGCGGGACAAGGCAAAAAUUCGGAAUUUCCGUGUACUUCUCGAAGAAAAGCGGGAAACUUUUUAAAUUCAAAGAAUUCGAAAUUUCCGUGUACUUCUCGAGGACAAGCGGGAAAAGGCAAAACUUCGAAAUUUCCGUGUACUUCUCGAGGACAAGCGGGAAAAGGCAAAACUUCGAAAUUUCCGUGUACUUCUCGAGGACAAGCGGGAAUAGUUUAACAUUUGAAUUUUUCUCAUAAUCUAGAAAAAUACGUAGUUCUCGAGGACAAGAGUGACAAAGCGAAAAUUCAAAAAAUUCUGAAUUCCUGUGUACUUCUCGAGGACAAUCGGGAAAAGGCGAAAAUUCAAAAAAUUCGAAAUUUUCGUGUACUUCUCGAGGACAAGCGGGAAAAGGCGAAAUUUCAAAAAAAUUCGAAUUUUUCGUGUACUUCUCGAGGACAAGCGGGAAAAGACAAAAACUCAAAAAAUUCGGAAUUUCCGUGUCGUUUUUUUGGACAAGCGGGAAAAUAAGUAUGAAUAUUUGAAUUUUUUUAAUCUAGAAAAAUAUGUAGUUCUCGAGGAGAAGCGGGAAAAGGCAAAAAUUCAAAAUUUCGGUGUAUUUCUUUUGGACAAGCGGGAAAGGGCAAAAAUUCGAAAUUUCGAGAUUUCUGUGUACUUCUUUUGGACAAGCGGGACAAGGCAAAAAUUCGGAAUUUCCGUGUACUUCUCGAAGAAAAGCGGGAAAAGUUGAACAUUUAAAUUUUUCUUGAAAUCUAGAAAAAUACGUAGUUCUUGAGGACAAGCGGGAAAAGGCAAAUAUUCAAAAAAUUCGGAAUUUGCGUGUACUUCUCGAGGACAAGCGGGAAAAGUUAAUUAUUUGAAUUUUUCUUAAAAUCUAGAAAAAUACGUAGUUCUCGAGGACAAGCGGGAAAUUUUGCAAAUUCAAAAAACUCGAAAUGACCGUGUACUUCUCGAGGACAAGCGGGAAGAGGCAAAAAUUAAAAAAAAAAUAGAAUUUUCCGUGUAAUUCUCGAGGACAAGCGGGAAAUUUUGCGAAUUCAAAACUGUAUGCCCUACGGAAAUUAUCAUACAGUACGCCUGACCUCAAAAAUCCCAUUUCGCAGACUGUCCAACUCCUUGGCAAAGGUGGCUACGGAAUAGUGUACGAAGUGAUGCGUCUCAACAAUCCCACCGCCCGUUUCGCGUGCAAAACCGAACUCGCCACACUUCGCAACAAUUUGAAAAUCGAAUGGGACCUGAUGACAGUCAUGUCUGAGAAAAAAUCGAAACAUACAAUAAUUGCGUAUGAAAUGGGUCAAGAAAGAAACUAUAAUUAUAUCAUUAUGAAUUUGAUCGGUCCAUCGUUGGCCGAUUUGAGAAAAACUAUGGCGAGCAAAAAGUUCACGUUGUAUACGACGAGUGUGGUGGCGAUUCAGGCGAGUGAUUCAAUUCAGGAACUACAUUUCGCCGGAUAUAUUCAUCGAGAUGUGAAACCGUCGAAUUUUGCGAUUGGUUUACUUGGGACGGAGGCUGAGAAGAUUUUGUAUAUUUUGGAUUUCGGAAUUUGCCGAAAACUUUAUGUGAGUUUUGAAAGUCUCUAGGUUUGAUCUACAAAAAAAUUGGGAACUUUUUUUUGAGCUACAGUACUCUUUAUCACUUGAAGAAAAACCACUUGUUGGAACUUUUUUUGGAUACUAGUUUUGAGCUACAGUAUCACGAACUGCAAAAAUAAUGCAAAAAUCCGUUUUCUAAAAUGUUUUGCAGUUUGGAUUACUGUAGCUCCAAUUUUCUGCAUAACAAGAAUUAUAUGUUCAACCUUCAGGUACAGUAAUCCGAACUGCAAUAAUCCAUUUUCUGUCUUCAAUUAUUUGCAGUUCGGAUUACUGUAGGUCAAAUUGAGAAACAACAGCAUAAAAUCAUUUUUGAAAAUUCAAGAAUUUAGAAAAUUUCAAGUCCACAGUAACCCGAAUUGCAAAAUAUCCGUUUUCUGUCUCUACAUUUUUUUUGUUGCAGUUCGGAUUACUGUAGGUCAAAAAGUACAAGAAUUUAAGAAAUUUUAAGUCUACAGUAACCUGAACUGCGAAAUUUUUGGAUUACUGUAGCUCCAAUUUUCCGCAUAACAAAAAUAAUACGUUCAAGCUUCAGAUACAGUAAUCCGAACUGCAAAAAUCCGUUUUCUGUCUCUACAAUUUUUUGCAGUUCGGAUUACUGUAGAUCACAAUUGAGAAAACAACAUAAAAUCAUUUUUCGAAAGUACGAGAAUUUAGAAAAUGUUCAGUCUACAGUAACCCAAACUGCAGAAUUUUUGGAUUACUGUAGCUCAUAACAAAAAUGAUACGUCCAACCUUCAGAUACAGUAUACCGAACUGCAAAACAUCUUGCAGUUCAGAUUACUGUGCAAAAUCUACACUUUUUGCAACCUUUUUGGGAACUAGUUUUAAAGCUACAGUAACCCGAACUGCAAAAAUAAUUUGAUCUUUUUGCAGUUUGGAUUAUAUUAGCUCCAACUUUCAACCUACAGUAGUCCGAACUGCAAAAAAAAUAUUUUUCCCUACAGAAAUCCGGCAAAACUCUACGCAAACCUCGAGCCCGUGUUCCAUUCCGUGGCACAACUCAAUAUUGCUCACCAAAUGUGCACCUACGUCUUGAACCCGGUCGUCAAGAUGAUUAUUGGUCCCUUUUAUACAUGCUCAUUGAAUUGCACACUGGCGAUUUGCCGUGGGAAAAAAUGAACAAAGAUGACGCGAAAAAAUCGAAAGAUUCCAAAACCGAUGAGUUGCUCGAAAAAUGUCCGGCCGAAUUUAAAUUCUUGCGAAAUUAUGUGCGAACUUUGUCCUAUCAAAUGGAACCCGAUUAUGAGAAGAUUCGAGGAAUUUUGUGUCAAUUAAUGAGAGUUAAUGAUUUCAAACCGGAUAAACCGCUAGAUUGGCAGAAAAAUGCGGAAAAUUGCAAAUCGAUGCGGAAAAAAGUGGACGAAAAGGUUGAAAAACUCGAAGAUCUACUGAAUCUACCCGCGAAUCCUGCCACGAAAAAGUAUACCGACGAAGAUUUUCCGGAUGUUGAAGGUGAACCACUUCACGAUGCUUCAACAUCCAAAAGUGAUGAUACAAUUGUGGAGAUAGCGGCCCCGACGAAAAAGGUGGAGGUUGUGAAACAACCCAAAGAGGCGGUGGUGGUGAAACCGAAGGAGGUUGUGAAACCGGUGGCGAAAGUUGCGGUAACUUCGCCGCAAGUUGGGGCAAGUCCGGCUGGACAAUCUGGACAGGCACCGAAAGGACAGGCGCCGAAAGUUCCGCUCAAGAAGCAUAUUAAUUUGAGAAAGUGGUUUUCGAAAAAGAAAUGA